AUGGCGCGCAGGGGUCCGAGCGCCACGCUGCUGCAGCUUCGGGGAGAGGCGCCUGCACAGAGCGCCCGGGACAGUGUCCGCGAGAAGUCGUCCCCCUCCCGCGGCCUCUUCCGGAGUGCGGGUCGUCUGUGUACUCGGAGCGAGGGGGACACGGAGCAGGCGCACAGCCAGCCGAGGCGCUCUCAGUCGCCCGGAGCGUGGGGCGGUGUUACAGGGGCGUCUCCGCUCCUCUGCGGACCCGUGGGCGAGAAGGCAUUCAGGACAGACAUUUCCCGCCCCUGUGGAGCUGAGCUCCAACUGCUGCUCACCGUGGAGGGGAUGGCAAGCUGCAUAUUCCGUCUUGCGGUCUUCUUCCUGGCUGUGCUGUCCUACGGUUCCGGCGCGCUAGGCGAUGCACACUCUCUUUGCUCUGUAUUGAGUGUCUCUGCCAGUGGACCACCAUGGUGUGAGUUUCUAGGCACCAUCCAUGAGACCCCAUUUUUUAAAUAUUCUUGCAAGAGUCGGAUGGCCGAGCCGGUCGGUCCUGUGGGGAUGAUGUUGAAUGCCACAGAGGCCUGGAACCAACAGUGUGAACACUGGACGGAGCUGUUCCCUGAGCUCCAGAACGCACUACUGGACAAUCAAAAAACUAUUGGUGAAGCCUUUGGGAGAGAUUCUCUUGCCCUGCAGGGCAGCAUGAUGUGUGAGCAGGAAUCCAAUGGAUGCCCCAAAACAUUCUGGGAGUUUGGCUUCAAAGGACAGAUGUGUCUCCACUUUGACUCGAAGAAUAGACGCUGGGCAGAGUUGCACCCUGGAUGUAGUUCGUUGAAAGACACACUGGACAAAAACAGUGAUAUAUCCAGACGCCUUGAUUGGAUCUCAAAUGGAAAUUGUGUGAAGUUGCUUAAUCAGAGCACAGUUCUGAACACAAAAGCUGCACCAAUCAUGGCCACAACUACAGCCCCAGCCCCAGCCCCAGCCCCAGCCCCAUCCAAGGCUGUGAUUGUCAAGGACAACAUCGCCUUGGUCCUCACACCGAUUUGUAUCUUACUCACACUUGGCAUCUAG